CAAACAUUUAAACAGUAAAUUAAUUUGUUUAAAAAUGUAUCAUGAAAACAUUAAUCAGAUUUAUGAGACAAUUCGAAAUAAUUUUAAUAAAGAAUUGAUAAUCAAUGCAAAACUUGAUGAUGUCAAUCAGAUUCAUGAAACAAUUCAAAAAAAUGAUGAUAAUUUAAUUAUCGCUAGGAAACACGAUGAUAUUAAUCAGAUGCAAGAUACAACUCAAAAAUAUUUAAUCAUCAAGAUGAAACAUGAUCAUAAUAGUCUGAUUCAAGAAAAUACUGAUACAGAUUUGAUUAUCUCAAUGAAACAUUACGAUUUUAAUCAGAUUUAUGAGACAAUUCGAAAUAAUUUUAAUAAAGAAUUGAUAAUCAAUGCAAAACUUGAUGAUGUUAAUCAGAUUCAUGAACCAUUUCAAAACAGUUUUGAUAAAGGUUUGAUUGUAAUUAUUAUUGGUGAUGAUUUAAAACAAAUUUCUGGUACAAUUCAAAUAAAUGGUGAUAAAAAGUUGAUAAUCAUCAUGAAAUAUGAUGAUAUUAAUUAUAUUAAUGAUAUAAUUCAAAAAAAUGUUGAGAAAGAUUUAAAAAUGAUUAUGAAAUAUAAUGAUAAUGAAAUGGAAUGUGAACUUAGAUCUAAACAACAAUUUAUUACAAAAGAUGCAACAAAGAAUUUAAAAAUACGUGGAUUCAUUGGUUUAUAUGAGGUUGGCGAAAUUCAAUGUACUUCUACUGAAAUUAUGGCUGCAUCUGCUACACAAAUUGUAUUAGGAGUUGCUGUUUUUGGUUUGGGUUCUUUCUUUCCAAUUGUUAUGCCAUUCGCUCAAAUGAUUUCUGUAACUUUAUUAUCAGAAGGUAUUUUGGAUAUCGUUGUAUGGUUAAUUGGCGGUAAACUUGCAUUAGAUUGGAACUAUUUUAAAUCAAAAUUAAUAGCUAUCGGUGUAACAGCUAUUUCGAUGGGACUUUUUGCACUUAGUGGAUUUAUAAAUAAAUUAAUAACAAAAGCACGCUCUCUCUUAAGUUAUGUAAACCAGUCAUUAAAAAUGUUGGGAAAUUUUGACAGUAUAAUCAAUUGUGUUGAAGAAUUUUUAAUAAAAUCGAAAUCGCUCAUUAAUAUGGCAAACAACAUUUAUUUACCAAAUUAUGUUGCAUCAAAACCACUAUUGAGUGUACUUUGGCAGGCAACUGAUCGAGUUUUACGAAAACCAAUUAUAUCAAAUAUAAUUGAUAUCAAAUAUCAACAACUUUUCAUUGAAAAAUGGAAAAAUAUAUAUGAAACUAUCAGAUUAUGGGUAGACAAAGAAUUUUUUGGUAAAUUAAAUGCUAAUAUUCUACUGAUUUUGAAUAGUAGAAAAGGGUAUGACAUAUUUUUGAGUAAACUUGAAUCAAUGAAUAUUUCUAAAAAUAUUGAUAAAAAUGAUUUAAAGCUAAUGGCUCAAAAAUUUAUUAUUCAUACUAAUUUGGAUACUGCUAUGUGGUUUGCAGCAUUCCUAGCUAUGAUUGAUAAAAUUUAUUCUAUUAUUGUUAAAAUAUUUGUACCAUUUUUAAAUCAAUUGAAAAAAGAAAUUGAGGAUGCAUUUAAAAAUAUCAUAGGCGAUAAGAAAGAAACGGGUGGCCAUGAUCCAGAUUAUUUAAACGAUUCACAAAUAAAAAUUACUGAAAAAAUAUCUAAAAUGUUAUACGAUCUAAUUAAUUAUCAUACGAUUAAAAAUUCACGAAAACAUGAUAAUAAUGAUACAUCUGAUAAAGACGAUAAGGAAGAAAUAGAACGUAUUUUGAAUCAAACUGAUCCAUAUGUUGUAUUGAAUUUAAAUCAACAGCAGAUUGUAACUAUUGCAGAUCUUAACAAAACUUUUGCUGCAUUAUCAUUAAAAUAUCGGCCUAAUAAUAUUGAUAAAGAAUUAUCUGAUGUUUUCCAAAAAAUACAAUGGGCAUAUACUGAAAUUAAAAAACAGAUAAACCCAUAG